CACAGCCCCCAUUGCCAAAUCAUAUCCAACUCUCUCCAAUUCUAGCUCGUCUUGCUGCCGCUGCCACGCACACCCCCUCCCCUGUUCUUUUUUCUUUUCUCUGCGGGACACUGGGGAGCCUUCUCAAUUGACAACGCCUAGCCUACUAAUGGGAAUUGAGGGUGCGAGUGUUGUAAAGGGUUUCCGUGGCGGAUGGGGCGUUGUCUCUAAACCAUGCGACUCUUGCAAGACUGCCGCUGCGGCCGUCUACUGUCGACCCGACUCUGCUUUUCUCUGCCUCAAUUGUGACACUAAAAUUCACGGCGCUAAUAAGCUCGCUUCUCGCCACGACCGCGUCUGGAUGUGCGAGGUUUGUGAACAAGCACCCGCUGCGGUCAUGUGUAAGGCUGAUGCUGCUGCGCUUUGUGUCACGUGCGAUGCCGAUAUUCACUCCGCUAACCCACUUGCCCGUCGCCAUGAGCGUGUUCCGGUCGAACCUUUUUUUGAUUCGGCCGAGUCAUUAGUCAAACCCUCUUCCGUUUUCAAUUUUCUCAUGCCCACUGAAUCCAACGUCAGUGGCUGCGACGGCGCCCACCACCAUGAGGAGGUGGAGGUUGCCUCUUGGCUUAUGUCCAACCCGCCUUUCAACUCUAAGCACGUUGACGGCCCUGAAAUCAAGCCUUCUGCUGAUCAUAUGUUCUUCACUGAAAUGGAUUCUUUUAUUGAUUUUGAUUACCCAAAUCCAGUCAGCGCAAUUAACGACAGCGUCGUCCCCGUUCAGACAAAGCCACUCUCAACGCCGGUGAUCAACCAUACCCACUCCCCUGAAAAUUGCUACGACAUCGAUUUCUGCAGAUCCAAGCUCAAUUCAUUCGGCUAUCAACCUCAAUCUCUCAGCCACAGUGUUUCCUCUUCUUCCCUCGAAGUGGGAGUUGUUCCAGAGGGGAACUCGAUGUCCGACAUAUCGUACCCAUUGGGUCAAACACUAAGUAACGGCACGGAUUCGGGUUUACCGAUGUCGGUACCAGGGAACCAAGCGACUCAAUUGUGUGGAAUCGAUCGGGAGGCGAGAGUGUUGAGGUACAGAGAGAAAAGGAAGAACCGGAAGUUCGAGAAGACAAUCCGGUACGCAUCGAGAAAAGCUUAUGCAGAAACCCGUCCCAGAAUCAAAGGCCGGUUCGCAAAACGAAGUGAUGCGUUAUCAGAGGUGGAUGAAAUGUAUGGGUCGGCCGCUUCAUCUGAGUUCCUGACAGAGUUCCAAUACGGCGUGGUACCAACGUUUUGAGGAAUCAAACCGAAUGGGACAUCGUAAUCCAGGGGUCAACUUAGAUUUAUAAUUCUUAUUGUGCACCUCAAAUAAAAUGAAUGGUAGCGAAUUAUGUGUUUGAUAUGGGCGGGGUAUUAGGCGUUGAUUUGCAGGAGCAUGGGCGUCAAGUGGAUAUGCCUCUUACCUCUCAACGCAGAGGCUUAUCACAAGUUGCUUUGUGUUUUUUCACCCUCCUCUCUUCGCAAUAUAACUGAUUUCCCCUUCUAUUGUCUCA